AUUCCUCUGUCUCUCCUCCACUCGCUCUGUAAUCUCUGCCACAACACAUCUCUCUCUCCCUUUCUCUCUCUCUCUCCCACCCCCCACUCUCCCCCUCAGUGAGGAUGACAUCCCCGAAUUUGAUGAACCAGCGAAGCUCUCAUUCUGGCUGGUGGCUUCCCAGGGAGACCCCACAUGAUCGGGCUUACUGGACGAGGAGGUGCCGUAUCUGAGUAGCUUCGGAGAAAAGCUGUCAGCUGUAGCAGUCUCUGAAUCAGCGACUGCUUCCAUCAACUCUCUGCAAACACUGUCUCCACCGGAUAAGUCUCAUCGAAAAACACAAAACAGAACAUUUCCGGACACAUGUCACAGGUCGAGCAGCAGGUCUCUCUGGUGCAGAGGAAGAUGUCUGACCUGGAGUCUGUGCUGCAGCAGAAAGACAUCGAGCUGAAGGAGUCAGAGACCCAGAGGAGCAUCCUGGAGCAGGACCUGGCCACCUACAUCUCAGAAUGCACUAGUCUGAAGAACAGUUUGGAGCAGGCUCGAAUGGAGGUGACACAGGAAGACGAUAAAGCUCUGCAGCUGCUGCACGACAUCCGGGAGCAGAGCAACAAGCUGCAGGAGAUCAAGGAGCAGGAGUACCAUGCUCAGGUGGAGGAGAUGACGGUUUCUAUCCGUCAGCUGGAGGAGGACCUGUCAGCUGCUCGUCGUCGUAGCGACCUGUACGAGUCUGAGCUGAAAGAGUCUCGUCAGUCCAGCGAGGAUCUGAAGAGGAAGGCAGCCGAAUACCAGCUGAGGAUGCAGAAGGUCAAAGAGCAAGGCAAAGCAGACGUCGAGGAGCAGGUCGGCAAGUUGGAGAAGACCAACACUGAGCAGCAGAGCAAGAUCCAGGAGCUCCAAGAGAAACAUACCAAGGGAGAUAAAGCGCCAGGCGUCAGAUCUGAGUCUGUCUCUGCAGGAGCGAGAGUCUCAGAUCAGCAACCUGCAGGCGGCUCGGCUGGCUCUGGAGAACCAGCUGCAGCAGGCCAGGUCUGAACUGGAGGACACGACCGCUGAGGCAGAGGAGGAGAUCACUGUGCUCAGGGCUCACAGAGACGAGAUUCAACGCAAGUUUGACGUCUUGAGAGACAGCUGUGCGGUGAUCACAGAUCUGGAGGAGCAGCUGACGGCGCUGACGCAGGAUAACGCCGAGCUGAACCGGCAGAACUUCUACCUCUCCAAGCAGCUGGACGAGGCUUCAGACGAGCGGGAGGACCGGCUGCACCUCGGCCAGGACGUGGACCGGCUGAGGAGGGAGGUGGCCGACCGCGAGAUGCACCUCAACAACCAGAAACAGAACCUGGUGACCCUGAAGACCACCUGCACGAUGCUGGAGGAGCAGGUGCUGGAGCUGGAGACCCUGAACGACGAGCUGCUGGAGAAGGAGAGGCAGUGGGAAGCCUGGAGGUCGACUCUGGAGGACGAGAAGAACCAGGCGGAGAGGAGAACCAGAGACAUCCAGAGACUGCUGGACACUGAAAAACAGAACAGGCUUCGUUCAGAGCAGCGCAGCUCGGAGUCUCGUCUGGCGGUGGAGCAGGCGGUGAAGGAGCACCAAGCGGAGAUCGUGGCCCUGCAGCAGGCGCUCAACGACCAGAAGAUCAAGGCUGAGAGCCUCACCGACACCAUGAACGAUCUGGAGAAGAAGCACGCCAUGCUGGAGAUGAACGCCCACAGUCUGCAGCAGAAGCUGGAGGGAGAGAGGGAUCUGAAGCAGAGGCUGCUGGAGGAGCAGGAGAAGCUGCAGCAGCAGACGGACGCUCAGAAGACGCACAUCUUCCGGCUGACCCAGGGUCUGCAGGACGCUCUGGACCAGGCCGACCUGCUGAAGACCGAGAGGACCGACCUGGAGUACCAGCUGGAGAACGUCCAGGCGGUGUACUCCCAUGAGAAGGUGAAGAUGGAGGGAACCAUCACGCAGCAGACCAAGCUCAUCGACUUCCUGCAGGCCCAGGCGCACGGAGGCUCCAAGAAGAAGAAGGGUCUGUUUGGCCGUCGUCGGGAAGACCUUCUGGCUGCCAUGGCUGCUCAGGCUCAGAAUCAGAAUCAGGCUCAGAAUCAGAGUCAGAAUCAGAGUCAGGGUCAGGGUCAAGGUCAGGGUCAAGGUCAGGGUCAGGGUCCGGUGUCCCCGCUGCCCUCCAUCCAGCCGGUGCCUCUGCAGUACAGCGACAUCAAGCUGGCUCUGGACAAGGAGAGGAGUCGCAGCACGGAGCUGGAGGAGGCGAUGCAGAAGAUGAGAGGAGAGCUGCGCUCCCUGAGGGAGGAGGCGCUGCAGUAUAAGGAUCACGGGAGCUCUGGGCCCCCGGCCUCCGCUCGGCAGCAGAUGAUCCUGUCGGCCAUGGUGAAGUCUCCUGAGCACCAGCAGGGCCCCCCCGCCCUGAUCCCCUCCAACUCUGAGCGCAGGAAGAACACCGCCACACCCGAGGAGUUCAGCCGGCGCCUGAAGGACAGUCAGAGGGAGCGUCUGCACCACAACACGGCGCACCGCUUCACCGUGGGGCUCAACAUGAGGGCCGCCAAGUGCACCGUGUGCCUCGACACCGUGCACUUCGGACGCCAGGCGGCCACCUGCCUCGAAUGCCACGCUCUGUGUCACCCUAAAUGCUCCCCCUGCCUCCCCUCCACCUGUGGGAUGUCCAGUGACUGUUCCCUUCACCUGACUGAGGGUCUGUGUCGGGACAAAGGCAGCUCCCCCGCCCUGAAGGAGGGGCACAUGCACCUGGAGGGCUGGAUGAAGACGCCCAGUGAUUUAUGCUUCAAUGCUUUGCAGAAUGGGAAGCGAGGCCAGGGCUGGGAGAGGAAGUACAUGAUCCUGGACGGGACCAAAGUGUCCGUCUACGAGAUCGAGCCCAGAGAAGAUUCAGUGAAGCCUCUGGAGGAGUUUGACCUGUGUCUGACGGAUGGAGAGGUGGUGGUCCAUGGAGCUGUGGGGGCUUCAGAGCUACCCAACACCUCCAAGUCAGACGUCUCCUACGUGCUAAAGCUGGAGUCUCGCUGUCACCCCCCCUGCUGGCCGGGACAGUCCAUCUACUUCAUGGCUCCCAGUUUCCCCGAUAAGCAGCGCUGGGUGGCGGUGAUGGAGUCGGUGGUUUCUGCAGGAAGAGCAUCACGAGAGAAGGCCGAGGCCGACGCAGCUGCUAUGUCCAAAAGAAUAAUGGUUCUGACUCCUCUGGUCCAGAAGCUGUUAGGAAACUCUCUGCUGAAGCUGGAGGGAGACGACCGGCUGGACAUCAACUGCACGCUGCCCCUCACUGAUCAGAUUGUCCUGGUGGGCUCUGAGGAGGGUCUCUACGCUCUGAACGUCAUCAAGAACUCUCUGACGCACAUCCCCGGCCUGGGCUCCGUCUUUCAGAUCCACAUCAUCAAAGAGCAGGAGAAGCUGCUGAUGAUCGUCGGGGAUGAGCGGGCGCUGUGUCUGGUGGAGAUCAAGAGGGUGAAGCAGUCUCUGGCUCAGUCCCACCUGCCCAACCAGUCUGACCUCUCUCCGUACAUCUUUGAGACGGUGAAGGGCUGCCAUCUGUUCUCUGCAGGACGAAUAGACAACGGACCCUGUAUUUGUGCUGCUAUGCCGAACAAGAUAACCAUUCUGCGCUACAACGACAAUCUCAACAAGUACUGCAUCCGGAAGGAGAUCGAGACCCUGGAGCCGUGCAGCUGCAUCCACCUGACGAGCUACAGCAUCAUCAUCGGCACCAACAAGUUAUACGAAAUCGAGAUGAAGCAGUUCGUGCUCGAGGAGUUCCUGGAUAAGAACGACGUGUCUCUGGCCUCCGCGGUGUUCGCUGCCUCCUCUCACAGCUUCCCCAUCGCCAUCAUGCAGGUGGCCAGCAGCCUGCAGAAGGAGGAGUACCUGCUGUGCUUCCACGAGUUCGGAGUGUUUGUGGAUACGUAUGGACGAAGGAGCCGCACCGAGGACAUCAAGUGGAGUCGCCUGCCUCUGUCCUUCGCCUACAGAGAGCCCUACCUGUUCGUCACAUACUUCAACUCUCUGGACGUCAUCGAGGUGCAGGGACACGCCUCUCUGGGUCCCACAGUCCUGGCUCACCUGGACGUCCCUAACCCGCGCUACCUGGGCCCCGCUAUCUCCUCGGGGGCCAUCUACCUGGCCUCCUCGUACCAGAACAAGCUGCGGGUCAUCUGCUGUAAGGGCAGUCUGAUCCGAGAGUCCGGGGAUCUGCAGAGGACCGGCUCCAGCAGAGGGAGCCCCAGUAAGCGCGGCCCCCCCACCUACACCGAGCACAUCUCCAAGCGCCUGGUCUCGGGCCCCGGCAGCCAUGAGGGCCUCCACCGUGAGCCCAGCACCCCCCACCGGUACCGGGAGGGAAGGACCGAGUUCAGGAGGGACAAAUCCCCCGCCCGGCCCCCCCUGGAGCGGGAGAAGUCCCCGGGCAGAGGGCUGGACGCCCGCAGGGAGAUGGACCCCCGCAGAGAGAGGUCUCCGGGGAGGUUUGGGGACAGCAGCCGGCUCCACGCUGGGUCUGUGAGGACGCAGCUGGCCCCCGCCAACAAGGUCUGGGAUCAGUCAUCGGUGUGAGUCCUGGAGCAUGAAGAGGAACUGAAGGAACCCUUGAUCCACACACAGACACACACACUGCCUGUACAUAGUGCAGCUGCUCGUGCAACUUCCCAUCAACCUGCACUCUCUCCUGCGACCUGCAUCCUCUUUUCUCACGCGUGCUUUCAUUGGAAAGUGGAAGAUGUGAUCUGCAGAAGAAGAGAACCCACUUUAUGAAAUAUUCCUCCAGAGAUGUAAAUAAUGCCGUCUGAGUUUUUAUAGAUAAAGGGAAUAGUCGGCCGGUGAAGCCAUGUCUAUUUUUUUUUUUUAAACGAGUUUCUAAAGAUGUCGACAGGGAGAUUAAUGAUGUUGUUGGUUUACGAAAUAUAAUAUAAACACUAUCAGCGUUUAAUAAUGACUCAUUAGUCCUGAAGAGGGUCUGAGGAGCAGCACUUUGCACAUUCACCGAUGGAUCUGAAGUGAAACUCGCUCUCUAGCCUUUGGUAUUUAAACGCUUUAUGGUUUGUAACAUAUUACAAGUGCUGCUCGUGUUGUUUUAAGCAAACCUAACAUGCUGCCGAUUCUGUGAAGUGUAGUCGUCGCCAGGAGUCACUUGAACUCCUUCCUCAGAUCCAUCACUCCUCCUCCUCUUCCUCCUCCUCCUCUUCCUCAGUGAGCAUGAACACUUACAGCAGCUCCUCUGAUUCUCUUGGUUGUUUUCCUUUCUCUGUAUUCGGUUCAAUAAGUAGACGUAGAUGUUUGACAGUGACUUCAUGUGUUCUUGAUUUCUAGAGAUGUAAACCAGUACAUGCAUUAAACAUGAUUGAAGUGUUUCCGUGUGUGUGUGUGUGUGUGUGUGUGUGUGUUCAGAGCAGACAGACACAGAACAUUUAAAAGUCAUGGUAUAGUAUGCAAAACGAAUUAUAGUAGAAUAAGAACAGUAAUUAAAUAGAUAUUGAAGUGUGUUCUCGUGUGUGUGUGUGUGUGUGUGUGUUCAGAGCAGACAGACACGGUAGGUUUAUCUAGUUUAUUUCUCCUUUAAAUUCUACAACAAUGUAAUGCUCUUUAAAAGUAAAUCCGACAGAAACAAAAUAUUCAGACUGAGCGAGGAGCACUUGUUACAGGAAGUCGCUAUGUACAGCUACACACUCCUCACACACUCCGGAGGAGGUUCAAAGUGCUUCGAAAAAACAGACGGGAGAAAAGAUCAAACUGAAGCACGAGCCGUCGUUCUGAGACCCGACACUACACUGCUUGGCACCAGUCUCCACUAAAAGAGACACACACACUCGAUGCAUUCACACACUCUCACACACACAUACACACUCAGGUGAUAACUGGGCCUUAGCAGUCAGCGUGAGUUAGAGAAAUAAAACAACAAAUGCAGAAGAAGAGAACUUCCUAGAAGGAGAAUAAAAAUAAAAGCACAGCGAGGGAUGUGUGUGUGUGUGUGUGAUGACACACUAGUGAAAAGCAACACACACUCUCAGCUCUGCUGUGAUGCACCCCUGUGGCAGUGUCUACUUUGUGUCGUGUGCAAAAUAUAUAUUUUAAUACGUUUCACAUUCAUGGAUUGGUGGAUGAGUCCCGGCCUGUGAGGGUGGUGAAAAGGGACGUCUUCAUUAUUUCUAAUUAAAUCUGUAUUUAAAAGGUGAUCAAGUGUUCACAAUCAUUUUUCUUUCAAUAUUUAAGACAAAUUUAUAUUUAUUUGGGAGAUUUGGAAAAGAAUAACGAUUAAUAAGAAUUAUUAAGUCUGUACCAAAUUAGUUAAUUUAACAUUUUGAGCGUCUUAUUUGGAUGUUUUACAUUCAUAUUUAUUAUUCACAAUUAUCUAUAAGCGUUAUUAGGGCUUUACCACUUUUUAAAUUAUUAUUUGUGUUUAUUUUUUAAGACUCCUUAAGUAUUGAGGUUCUUGAAUGAAGCUAUGGAAGUGUGAACGAUGCAUAUGUAUAGAAAAACAUCCAAUUAAAGUGAUGUCAAAUAAAAAAAUCUGCAUUUUGUACCAAUUGUUGUAUUUUUUUGCCAACUAAAACUAUUGUAAUUAAUUCAGAAAAAGUUUUUGGCAAAUAUUUGCAUCACUUGAAUCUGAAACUACAUAAAAAUAAUAUAAUAAAAAUACAGCAGCCUGAAAAUAAAAUAAAAAGACGUAAAAAACGUAAGUUCUAUGAAAAAUAUCUAAAUAUUCGGUACAGCCCUAAUAGGAUCCCAGGUCAGAUUUACGUAAAUAUAUACUUUAGAUGUGAAAUCAGAGGCAGUAGCAAUAUAUACAAAUAAUUUCAGCAUUUAAAGCCACUGUUUUUGAGUGUUUUUGUACAAAUUAACAGAAAAGACAGCAGCCAGGUGUCUCUGUGAUGUUUAAAGGGUUAAAGGUGGAGCUGCUGAAUUAAACACCACCAACACAGGAGGGCGGAGAGGAACCACUUCGGUUCGGUACAAUGAUUCAUCAUAAUGUUUUAAAUUCCUCUGAUAGUCCAAACGGGGGUAAAAGAUCGUAAACCCCCCCCCCCAAAAAAAGAUGAAAAUUAAAAUGUGUACUGUACCUUUAAGGGAAAA